AUGCCCGAAAGUAUAGAGCUUUCAGACUUGAAGCACAAACCAUUCUUUGAAUAUGAAAAGCCCGAAGGCUCUGCUCGCUUAACGCCAGCAGCUAAACGCAAAAUAUGGAUCCAUAUUGCUCUAGAGGUCCUUGCAUCCAUCAUCAUAUAUUCCAGCUACACUCGCCUUGUGCUGCUAUACCUGUUUUUGGCGCCAACUUUGCUUGGUGCCUCGACGGCUGCCUUGGCCCAGUCGUUGAACCAGCUUCACAAGGGCAGGCUCUCACUCAAUAAGCUCUUCAAGUUUAUGAUCUGGGGCUGCAUCAACGGCUGUUUUACAGCAUUAUGGAUCGACACUCUUGUGGCCCGUGUCGAUUCGGUGUUCUACAGAAUAUUAAUAGACCAGUUGGUCGGUGCUCCAUCUUUCCAGUUGACGUUCCAUUUAUUAGGCAAGGUUUGGGACGUUGCCGAGCCGGGCCAUCCCUCACCGAGCUUCUCUACUUUCCUUACAGCCUUGAGCAUUUCAUACUGUUACUGGCCAUUCGUUUCGAUCGCUAUGUUUGUGUUCAUCCCUCCGCUGUUGAUGUUCAUUAGCAAUUGCGUUGCAAACUUGAUAUGGAACAUGAUCCUCAGCAGAAUAGCAUAA